AUGAUUCGGCGUUUAACGACGUUGACAAAGACCGGCUGUUAUGAUAAAUCAAGAAGUAAAAUGAUUCUCAUCGUCCUGAUCUUUGCUGUUGGAGAGAUCACAGUUGCAGCAAGCUUAGAAAAAUAUCCAGCAGAUUUCACAAAUGCAAGCUCAUCAGAAUGCAAGGAAUGUUCAGGAAGUUUACAGAUGGAAGUCAAGCCAGCUGCUGCUUGGUUUAAACCAUACGCAGAGUCAUAUGGGUUUCAAAUGAGUUGUACUGUCAACAAACCAACCAGUUUGUCAAUUUGGUUUCAUCGACACAACCAACCAAUAGAUGGUGCAAAGAGCUUACUGUUACCAAAUAGGGGCAACCGUUUUGCUGAAGUUAAGAUGACGAAUUGCACGGCAACUGUUACCAUAGACAAGUCAAGGAUGUCAAUAUGUAGUACAGGGGAAUACAUAUGUAUUGCCUUGGAUAAUAAUAAAAAGCAGCUGAUGAGGAAAACUGUAGACAUUCAGGCAUUGAUUGAUAGUUCGUUCUACUUCGCCCCUGACGACCAGUGUAGGCAAAGCACGAAGGAAUUGAUAGAAGGACUGUCGGUCAAUCUCACCUGUUCCUAUCUCUCCAUUUCAUUCACGCCAUCCAUUUCAUUCAGACGAAGAUGGCCAAACGGAAAGAUUGACGUUAUUUAUGAGACCAAGAAGUACCUAUAUAGACAGCCCUAUACUGGAAAAUGUAACGGCAGAAAGCAUCGUCUUCGGAACCUUACGAUUAAAAGAAUUAAUGCGAAUGACAGCGGAGAAUACUUUUGUCGUGUAGUAAAGUUUGGUGACUGCCUCGUUGAAAAGGGAAUCAACCUCAAGACACGUCCCUGCCGUGCUGGCUAUCACUGCAAUGUGAAAACAAAUAAGGAGAUACCAUGCCCGGCGGGAACGUUCAGCAAUGUCACUGGCCUGUUUUCAUCAUCCGGCUGUAAAACCUGUCCGCUUAACUCUUACUGCUCUUUGGCAUCAACCGUGCCAAAAGCAUGUCCUCGAAUGUCCUUUGCAGCCGCGUAUCAUACGGUUUUGAAGAUAUUAGAAGGCAAAAAGAGCCUAGAUCAGUGCAAAAUUUGCCCGGUGGACCCUUGCGACAAAUAUGGCCAUAAUUGUACCUUCCUAUGUAGCAAGAAGAUUGUAGAAGGCAACGCUGGCAAUCCAGUACAACUUGAUUGUAAAUUAUCAAAGCCUAUACUCGUAGGCAACCUAACAUGGAUGCGAAACAAUGAAACGCUUUCAAACAGCUCUAAGCACACAAUUAGACUCUCUAGCGACUCCUUUACGUUGGUCAUACGUGAUAUGAGGAAGAAUGAUGUCGGAGAAUACAUUUGCACAGGGGUUGAGAAGGUCAUGGGGAACACAGUGGAAACCAAAAUAAGGCUUACCCUCUCAACCAGUGAAGCUUGGAGUGAUGUAACGACUGUCAUCGUCUGGGUAUUUGUUGCUUGUGUUCUCAUUUUGGCGAUCGUUUUGCUAUUGCUAGCAGUACGCCACAAAAGAUCAAAUAAGAAAAGGCGCAAAAGUUUAGAGGAAUGUGUAACAGGAUCGUUUACAGAAAUUUACCUACCAGAUAGAAGAGCGGUGUUUUCAAGGAUUCCUUCGAAUGAAUGUGAUUCAGAGCCUGAUUUUGAUGUCUUCAUCUGCUACAGUUGUGCUGAUAAAGUCUGGGUAAGGAGAACACUACUAACCAUGCUUCAGAAAAGCGAUUUGCGUGUUUGUAUUGACUAUGAGGAUUUUGAGCCUGGAGAAUUCAUCAUUAAGAAUAUCGCCGACGCAAUAUCAAGAAGCCGGAACACGAUCGCCGUAUUAUCACCAGAUUUUGUCAACAGUGACUGGUGUCAGAAGGAACUCAAAAUGGCUCUGUCACAUCUUCAUAAAAGACAUCAAGUCAUUCCCAUACUAUAUCGAGAAUGUUCAAUACCCAUAUUCCUUCUGGACCGAACAUACCUUGACUGGUGCAACGAUGACGUUAGAAAGACAUUUUGGGAACAGUUGGUAAAAAAGGUAAAUGGUAGUAAAUGUACCGUCGCAACCAUUGAAGCCUCGAAGUUGAAAGUGACCAGCUGAAAUGGCCAGCUGAAAUGACCAACUUAGAUGGUCAACGAUGGAGCCAAACUGUGCCACUUUUGAAGUGACUGAAUUGUGUCACUUAUACAGCUGUCUCCAACCGGCACUAAAUGCGCGCUCUUUCAAAAUGGAUAUCUCUACACAUGAAAAUCCACAAUGUAAAUGGACAAUUUUGCUAGAUAUGUGUAUAAUCAUCAGAAGAGCUUUUUAGAAACAAAGAGAAAUAAAGUCAGAACGGUCGGGUAUGAUAAGUGCUCUCCAUAUGCAGUGAUAUGCAGAAAGAAAUGGAGUCAAAUAGCUUCACUUCUACUGAAGCUGACUGCUUCACUAACUGAGAGUCAAAUCUGUUAGGGUCCUUCUGCUAUUGUUCUUUUCAGCCAUUAAGCCCUGGCGCUCGAAUUGCAAAAUAUUCGACUGUUUCUAUAGACAUAUUCAGCUGAAGGCAUGCUUACGAGACACAGAGAUGCCUAAGCACUUGCUGUGUUCGGAAGAUUUUCGGCAUAGAUUUUGCAAAGUGUACCUUCUCGGGUGGUCUCAAAAUCUACCACAAUGUUUCAUAUAACUCUAUGAUAUCAAUUAUUGUCUACGGAAACGCCGGAGAAUUAACCAGAAUACCUGGUACCACCAGUUCAAGGCCUGCAUGGACUAAAUAAUCAGCCUUGCUAGCGUAGUUAGUAAGGUCUUGCGAGCGAAUUCGUUGUAAAAACACCGUAAUAUCUAUCACGCUCCGCAUUACUUUAGAGGCAGUUUGUCAAUCAGGUCACUCGGGUCGAUGCUCAGAUAUGGUCGGAUAUUUCUAUAGAUUUUCCGUUUUAUUGGCAUAUCUUUUCUAAGAGGCUAUUGGCAGAAAAUUUUCUAUUCUUCUGUCCUGUAUGCCUGUAAACCUGUAUCCUUGAACGUAAACAAACUCUAACUCCAGCCAAACCGCAAUCGUUAAAAAUCUAGGCCCUGAUUUCCUUGCCCUGAUUACCCAAGAUGCAACGCGCAACCGUGAACGGGUCUAUUCCUGAGUACAAAAUUAGCUUAAUUGGCGCAAUUCGUGAUGAGAUCAAACAUUCUAAGUACAAAUAUACAUAAAUGUAAUCUUGCACAUCUAGUGUUGUUGCCCGGGUAACGGCCAUUGUUCUUUAGAGUUCUUGUCGUUUUAAGCCGAAAACCCACUCUGGAAAAAGAUCCGCGGAUCGGAUCAGAUCGUGUUGUUCUGGUCAGUUCCGUUCGAUCCGCGGAUCGUUUCAGAUUGGAAUGCACGUUGACAAUUAUCUCCAUUAGACCUUGCCUCAUGACGCAAGUGCUCUAUUGUUCAAAAAGUUCCAAUUCGAUUUUGUACUGUACCGGAACGGUACAAAAGAAGGUUGAAAUAAUUUCAACUUUUUUUCGAUCCGUUUCGAUCCGUCGCGGAUCAGUCAUGUGACCGUUUUUGCAUCCAAAGCGCUUGCGCACCAUAAAAUCUGAUCCGAUCCGCGGAUCAUUUUCCGGAGUGGGUUUUUGGCUUCAGAUCAAGGGUGGGCAGGCCAUAGACUUUCUCCAAGUCUGUUUCGUGCUUGAGUCAGUGGCUUGAGAGAGGAGCAUCUGUUUUCUUCCUGUUGACUUCUGCGAAGGAGGAGGACAGAAAGGGGGAAGCAUUGGUCUAUAAAAAGACUGGAUCGAGCUUCUAAUGUGACCAGAGUAUCGCCAUCCGAGAAGAGGGCCCCAGAACAGCCCGUGCGAGGAGACGGCCUUCUCUGUCACCCCUAGCAAUCUUUUCAGCUGCUCGGGCUUUGUUCUUUUUCAGCAAUCAUACACACAGCAUUAAAGCUCUCGCGUAUCCAUAUCGUUGAAGUAUUGGUUUUGAGGAAUGGCUUCCCGCUAUUGUUUGGGGCCAUCUACCUUUUGAGAUUGAACGGGCUUCAAACUUAGGUGUUUCGAGACAAUAAGGAGCUCGAUCCAGUCUUUUUUAAAGAUCAGUGGGGGGAAGAUACAAAUUACAGCACAUAUUGAGAAAAGUAACGUUGUUCUGCGUUACUAUAAUUUGAUAGUUGUUCAUUGAAAGAUGCUUUCAUUUCUGCUUAGCCCUUUCUUGCCCGACUCGCUAUUUCAUGGUACCAAAUGUUGUAAAUUUGACCCCCUUGUUAAAAAGAUUGACCUUCCCUGUUUUAGAUUUUUAUUGAUAAAGCCAUUUAGAAGCUAUUGUUUCUGUUUCAGUUUUUAAAGAAAUCUUUUGCGAAAGUUUUGAAAGUAAUAACACCUCUCGAUAAUAAUACUAGCAUAAGCCUUUCUAUUUUCCGCAAAGCCACGAGUGCCUUGUAGACUAUCACAUUCCCUAUUUUUGCCAACGAAAAAUUUUCCCAAGAUCUCCUAUUUUUCUCAUAGAAACAAUUCCUUCAAAAUGCGUCAAAUCACUAAAAUGUCGGCAGUAUCUAGACAUUUUAUGUAAAAUUUGACAAAAGAUGCUUUUCGUGAUUUAUGGAACGAAAAGAAUUUAAACAUUAUAGAAUGAUGUAAGGAAAGCUUUAAGUCACGUAUAUUUAAAAGUAUAUUUAAGUCACGUAUGUUUAAAAGUCAGUACUGGCUCGAAAAAAGCGUAAUUAAAAAGUAAAUGCAAAAUUAACUUGAAAAGACAUACUGAAAGUUAGUGGAGUUGACUGUUGUUUCAUAAUAGGUUCUCAAAUGGAAGAGUCAAGCAGAGAGCGAGAAAAAUUCAGUUCCUUCUCUUCAAAAACGCUUGCAAAACCAUUUCUAAUUUUAUUUUAUAUAUACUGUAUAUAUCACUGUUUUUGGUGUUGUAAUUUUAUUCUGGGUCAUUGGCGUUUUAGUACGAAUUUAAGUCAGUUUUGGUUUAAGUCUGGUGUAGUACGAAUUUGCUGUAGAAUUAAAGAAAAGGGAAGAGUGUAGAAAUAACAUUGGCAUUUUAUUGUAGAUAAUGCUAUUCAAGAUUUUAAAGUAGUAUAUUGAAAUAAUUAUAUUUAUAAAUGUAAUGUCGUUGUAAAAAGUAAAUAAUUUUGGGUGGUACAAAAUUUGAAAGGCUUUGAAAAUGGCUUUGAAAGAAGCAAACAUUUUCAAACACAGCCAAUUCGAUCUCUUUUGUGCAAGUUUGCUGAAGAGAUAACUUUCAAACACGCCACAGAGCCGUGGAAGAAACCCUUUUAUUUUUUUAGCUAGGGCGUAUAACAAAGAAAUUAGAAUGAGUAUCUUAUGCGUGAUACGUUAAGCAAAGUAUUCAACUAGAUAAUAGAAUUGUUUUAAAAAAUACCUCUCGUGCAUGUGAAUCCGUUCACACGAAAUCAUUUCGUUAGAGCAAUUUAUGUAAGGGUUUGAAUGUGUCAUGAAAGCAUAAAAUGGCUUCCCUUUUUGUAUUUUCUUUCCCAGCUUGCUUUCGAGUCAAAUCAUUUCCAUACUAACAUUGCCUCUAUAGUUAUUGCCCUAAACCUACAUGUUCCAUAAAGCUACAUCUUAACCAAUAAACGUGUCUGUUCCACAUAAAUCAAAAAAAAAUAUUUAAAAUUUUAUUUUUUUGCUAGGAAGACCUCUACAUUAUGAAGAGCAUGACAAGCGCCCUUACCAACUUUGAACCCUGAUGACGGUUCAUAUCUGUCAUUAUUCAAACUUUAGAAGGCGUAGAGCUUGAUAGACACCGUUUUCUAACCAUAACUCUUCAUGAAAUUAACCCCUCACUUGCACAGAACGUUAUUUUUCUAUAUACUAACAAGUCAUAGCCUUAUUAAUGGACGUUGUUACUGCCAUUUACAGAGAAAGCAACGGAAAAGUUUUUGCAGAACGCAAGCUUGGCUUGUAAUAGAUUUGGACUACUCAAUAAUUUUCGAAAACGAGACAUUUCCUUUUAAGCCAUAUGUACUGAAAACAUGUGAACUUGCAGUGCAAGUAAUGCAAUAUGUGGCUCCAUUAUGACUGUGGCUCUCUUAUUAUCACUACACCCUGGAGGUCAUGUAGAUAUUGUUUUUGGUAUAUAUGCCACACCGUCUAGUAUUUUUAGAGAACCAAAAAGCACUUGUAGCUACUGGCAGUAACCCAUUCUAACGUAUUGCAAUAUUUCCUUUUGUGACUUAAAACUGUUGGUAGCAUUUACAACAAAUUCGAAACUUUCAAGGGCAAUCCAGGGGCGGACUGGCUGGUCGGGCUAUUCGGGCGAUCGCCCGAAGGGCCGGUUGGUAAAAGUGCAAAAAAAUAAAUUAGCUUAAAAAGUGAAUGCGAGGCAAAAAAGUAUACCCACGCGUUAAUCUGUUUGCCUUGAAUUUUCAGAGACUUUGUGGGAAAGAAUAAAUAUACACACUCCUUCAGGGAACAUGUUAUUGACAUUUUGUUAUAUUUUCUCUUGACGGUAUUUCCUUUUUGGCGACAUAUUUUAGUGUAACAUCCCUGUUUCAAUGCGAUACAUAAAGCCCCGGCAAAACGACUGGAAAUUUGCACUGGUCACACACUAGACAUUGCUCACUUGUUCAAAGUAUGGACAUCAAGAAAAUAUUGGUUAUGGCAAAACGACUGAACAUUGUCCAGUGAACUUUUUCCUUGUUGAAGAAUGCGGGUGGAAAAACUGGCAACAGGGCAUCUCUUUACCUUUGAAAAUACACUUUUCAUGACCCUAACCGUUUUAUCGUAUGAAUUAGAGUGUAUUAUUGAAAAGUGGCUAGGACUGCUAGGUUCAUCAAAAUCACCGUCCUCGUGCUCUCUGACAUCGCUUUCCUUAUCGGAACUAAAGCUAAUCUGAUCAGAAGAUUCAUCGUUACUAAUGAAAUGCCUUUUUCUGCUAUUGGUCGAAUUGAAUUUUCACGUUGUUUCCGUUUCGUUUGCGUUGUUGACUAGGAAAGUUUGUUGAAGAUUUGAAUAUGGGAAAUAAAUUGACGCCAAACCCAAACCAUUAAUCGAUUGCGCGUGCGCGAACUGGACAAUGUUCAGUAGAGUGGCAAAACGACUGAACAAUUUCUGUACAACAUCAGUGAGCAAAAGAAAUUUAGGCCCCGUUCACACGGGAACGAUAUCGUUCCGUUCCGUUCUUCUCCGUUCCGAAAAGCGGAACGCUCAGGGGUUGUGUUCACACGGGAACGCUUCAAACGACAUCGUUCCGUUCCAAAAAGUGGAACGAUAAAAUAAGUGAUACGAAAAGUGGAACGGUACGCAAUCGUUCCGUUCCGUUCCCGUGUGAACGCGCAGAACUGGUCCAGAAAAUGGAACGAUAAGAGUUUUGCCCUGGGCGCAUGCGUCUGUGUUGUUGUUGAGGGAAGGAAAAGGUGACAAUAAGAAACUCAACGAAGAAAAUGGAGGAUUUCAAAAACACCAUUGGCUGAAUCUCGCCGUUAGUCCAUUUAAAAGAUUCAACACCAUUCUGCAAACAUUGGAAUUCCUUCCUUUUAGGGUUGGCUUUAAUUUUCUCACGAGCUUGCUUAUUUUCGGGCGCUUUUGUAUUCUCAAUUUAUUCAAAUUGCUUAAAAAAUUCAGAGAUAGCUCAGAGAUAAAUCGAAAUGAUGAAAUUUAUCUCAAUUAUGGACAUGCGCAUUAAAAAUCAUUUGAUUAUUUUGGCGUGCAAAUUGCAGAACGGAACGAUUGCGUUCCCGUCUGAACAUAAACAAAAAUCGAUACGCAAUCGUUCCGUUACCGUAUGAACAGUAUACUUUUCCGUUCCAGAAACUGGAACAAAAAUGGAACGGAACGAUUGCGUUCCCGUGUGAACGGGGCCUUAAUCCUGUCCACUGAACAUUUUUGGCUGCCUUCAAAAUCGACUGAACAACAUUCAACAUCGCUGAACAAGACUAGACAAGGUGGCAAAACGACGCAACAUUUACGCUGGACAUUUGUCCAGUCCAUGUUCAGUGAAAAUGUCAAGUCGUUUUGCUGGGGCUUUUGCUUGAAGCUGGUCAUGUUUUUCCCUAAGCAAAAGCUUUUGCUAAAUGUAAUAAAUUUAAAAGUCCAAAAAUUAGAGUUCACUAAGCGAUUUGCUCUGUGAUGUGAAGUAAUGAAGAGGACAUACGUAGAACAAGGAAAGAGCAAGAAGACUUCAACCAAAGGUGGUGCACAGAAAUUUCGUGAGGAAAAGCUGCGAGAUUUAAAAAAGGAUUCGGCUACGAUACAAAGCUUUUUUUAUCAAGCAAAAGCCACAAACGUCACAAAAAACAGCAGGGUCUUGCUCUUGCUCCUUUCAAUAAACUCAUACAAGUUAUGGUAAAUUUAUUAGGCAUAUACUAUCAUAAGUCAAAUGGCCCCCUGCCCAACAGGGGUAUGGUGCUACACGAUAAAAUUUCAACAGGGGUGCCCAUGUUUUCUUUUUGGGGUCAGAAAUUGACAAAUCGAUAUUUUGGGCUGCUGAAAAUCAUUGUGGUUUUCCGGAGGAUUAGAAAAUUAUUUGUCACAAGUUGAGUGUGAUAGAAGCUUUUCCACUUUAAAUAUAUAAAGAACAGAUUACGUGGUAAUUUUUCGCAGCCAAACCUGGAGUUCUUAGAAAAACACCUGUUAGAUGACAUGUAGAACGAUCACAUUAUCAACAAAUAAGUUACUGUAUUUGGAAAGAAAGUCAAACCAAUGAGUUAAAAUUUUUGCUUAUUUAGUCAGCAAAUGACUUAUUCAACAUGUUCUGUUAACCAGCAUUCAUCAAUGCACAAAAUUACUGAAUUUAAAAACUUGUUUCCUUACAGACUAACAUUUACUUGCAUUUUCCGAGGAGUUUUUUAUUUGCUAUUUUUGUGGGCCGGUUUGAUCAAAAUUUGCCCGGGCGAAAAAAAUUAGCCAGUCCGCCCCUGGGGCAAUCGACAAAGAUUUUCAUGAACUUUUACAGAUUUUCCUAUUUCCUAAUUUCCUAGUCGAUUGAAGUAUCACACGCUUAGUAACAUUAGCAUAUGCGAGGUUAUUCCCCAAUUUGAAGGAAGGCUCUUUCCCCUUCUUUCACUGAGGCUCUGGCUACCAGAGUAUACCUCUGCACGAAUGUUCUUAUAUGUUCACUUUACUCUUUAAAGCAAAAUUUUACGUAGACAUUUCUCUGUCGAAAUUUCCUUGCAUAAUAAAUAUGCAUAUUAACAAGGAUGCACUAAAUGCUGUAACCAGUAUAUUUCGAAGAUAUAACCCCUCGUUCGACAUUUCUCCUCGUAUUAGACGAAUUACAAGUAUGAUUCUACCAAACAACUGGGCUGACACGUUUUUAUUGUAUUCUAGCAAAGGAGGAAAUGAUAAAAUGAUACCUUUUUCUAUAACUUUCUUGUGUUGUAGAUUAAUUCUAUUCAAAUGACAUAAGGCUUUUAUAACAGCUUUGAGCAAAAAGCUAUAGGUGUACGCAUCAAGCAACACAAAGUUACACAAAUACAGUACAAAAGGAUAACAAUGACAGUAAUUCAGCUUUUAGAGAGAAUACUUUAUUUUAUCAGUUCUAUAGAAUUUUACAACACAAUCUUCUUACUAAAAACGGGUCAUAACAUUGACAUAAUUGACACAUGUUUGACCUAAGUAAAAAUUCACUAAGAUAAAGAAACAUCAAGUAAUGUUUCGAAACUAAACAUCGACCUAGGGGAUCAUCGAUUUUGCAACACAAUAGCAGAAUUAAAAAGUUUUGGUAAGGGGAAACAUAUUUUAUCAAAUUGAUAUUUCUCAAUUAAUUAGCAGAAUUUUAUAUCGUUAUUUUAUGCAUUGUAAAUUUUAUGUCGAUGAAGUCAUUCCGGUAGUUUCCAACAUCAGCCUUCGUCAUUAUGCCCUUGCUCGUUUCUCUUCAGUCUUUGAGAAAACUGUACUUUCAUUUUUUAAAUUUGAAAUGUUGUGCAUCUGACUUAAGCUCAAGUGAAUUAGCUAUAUGUAUUCUGCAUUUGGUUAAUAAAGCGAGGUUCCACCCAAAUGCAGGCUAAACUUCUUGAGCGGUGAUUUCUCUGCGUUGUAAUGUAAUGAAAUGUAAGUUGGUAGGCCUAGAAGGGGAGUCAAUUUAUGUAAACAUCUCGCCUGUUGAAUUGUGUUGCCCCUUUUACUCGUGCAGAUUUUCUUUAAAAUAUAUGAAAUUUGAAGGGAUCUUUUAAUCAUAAAUUGGCUCAUUGAGAACUUACUGGCUUUCACCUGGACCCUAUUGGGAAUUUAUUUCUGCCCUAAAGAACUUUCAAGAUCCUGGAAUUAUCUAGAGUUGAGUAUCUUUCUUUCUUAAUGUUACACAAAGGCGUUGCUUGUGUCCCUUACUUUCUGACGUACCUUCUGCUACUUUCUAGGCAUGCAUGUCCAUUUAUCAUAGCCAAACAUUUAAGUGUUUUUGUUAUUCAUGUCCAUUCUGACUCGCAAUACGUUAACAUUUGUAUUUCUAUGCAUAUCUUUAAAAAUGAGCGCGCACGUUCGGUUAAGCGAACGCUAUUGAACAAUGAGAUACGGCAGAUUAUUUCGCUGUUUAUUGGGAAAAGCCACAAAGAGAGUCUGCAAAUGCUUUACCCUGGGUACCAGAGCCACAAAAAAGCUUCUCCUCCUCCCUCUUCUCUCUUCUUCGCCUCCGCAGCUCUCAUUAUUUUUUGCUGCCGUUAAAUUGUUGUGACUCUGGUGCCUAGGGUACAGAUGCUUACGCUUCAAAAAUAUUUCAAUCGUCAAUGGAAAUGCUGUUUACAACAACGCUUUCAACACUGUUAAGCUCUAUUGUCAUCUCUGAUGAAUAGCAUAUUUUACUCCACCCAAAUUGAGGUGCGAAUGAUAGAUAAUAGAGUACUAAAGUGUGACGUCAUCAAAAAUUUAUUUCUUGAAUUUCUCAAUUUUGACCACAUAAUGUGAAAAAGCGGCAUAAAAUACCUCUCAAUUUGCAUUAUCAGCAAGAUAUUUUUAAACUUGGGCGGGAUAUGACCAACGAAAGCUUUCAAGUUUGCUAACGGAUUACUGUUAUUCUGGCCUGGUCCAUAAAGUUAUGAACCAAGACCAAAUUCUAGAGGUUUGAUGGGGCAAGAUACAGUGCUCAUGUGGCCAUAUCUCAGCCAAUUUGUGACAAAAUCAACUGAUUUUGCGUGUUAAGAGGUAUUUCGUGAUGCUCUCAGUUUAUGGGAUCAAAGUUCAAAAAUUCGAAGAAUAGAUUUUUGUGACAUCACUUCGGGACUCUAUAAAACUCUGUUUAUACGUCAUUGAUUGCAUAAUUUGUUCAAUUUUUUAUCCUUGCCAGUUGCCACUCCUACUUAACUUCGUUUACAAAUACCAAGCUUCUGAUGAGAAAACGACUGUUGAUUUUUAAAUUUUAUAGAGGCUAUCAAAUUACUCAUUUUAUUUGCCCUAAUUGUAAUUUUGUAGCCUUUUUUAUAAAUUUUCAAAGGUGUCAGCCAAUUAACAAAGGAAAGAAACGAUCUUGAAGUUUUCUCUUCGAAAGAUUCAAGUCAGUUCCAAAACGUGAUAAAUUUGUGUUGCUAUGUCCACAAGAAGAAAUAAUUUAUCUUGAAAGUAGGUAUGUGGUCUUUUGUUUGCAAAGAAAAUAAUGCACCUCUAGAGACUCAAGUCACAUUAACGUUUAGCAAAACUGAUUGCAAAGACACUUUCAAAGGUGAUAACGGAUGUCUUUCAUCUUUCCUGUCAAGCAAUGUGAUUGUUCUUCUUUUCAGUCAAGUUCCCCAGAGGGACGAUCCGCACACUUGCAAUGGUUGCAGUUUUUUAUGCUCACAGAUCGCUAAGAGCAUUCAAUCGCAACUUUGAUGAAGUCAGGCACGAAAAUGAUGUCAACUAUUAGAGAGCUUGUCUCUUUGCAACUGUCAUAAUAUUUUUACUACUGGUUAAUCAUGGAAGGUAACACAACUUGUGAGUUUCGAUCUUUGUUGGAUGAUCCUAAAAAUGCGACUAUAAUGGGCAUUGCAGGCUCUGUAAUCGCACCGAUAGCAGUAAUAUGUAAUAUGAUAACACUUAUUGCUAUAAUCAAGUUCCACAGGCUGGAGAAAAAAUCGCUACUUAGUUUUGCAAACAUAUCAGCCUGUGCACUAUUAGCAGGGCUGACACAACCAGUACAUUCUUUAUUGCUAUUAGGAGAAUUUCGUUCAUUAAGAACAUGGUGCAAAGUUGCAACUGCCUACGAGAUAAUUGAAGAUACACUGCUUUUUUGCUUGUUUUUGACAGUCUGUUUUGUCGCCUUCGAGCGUUACAUAUCGAUUUUCCAUCCAUUCAAGCAAGAUCAACUUUUAAGAGGAGGCAUAAAUAUUGCUUUUAUCGUAGCGAUAUGGAUUAUAUCAAUAUCGAAUGCGUUAAUAUUAUUCUUUUGGCAUCAAGCUGAAUUCAUUAUGUCAUUUUUCGAUUUGAUUCUCACAUUGAUUGGCACUCUAUGGAUAUCCGUCGUUUAUUUCAAAGUUAUACUUCUUGUCCGCUCGAUAAGAAGAAGAGUGGCAGACAGCGAACGCAGAUUCAGUACACAGUCACUACCGAGACGACUUCGAGAGCAUUCCAAGCGCACGUGGCCGACUGUGAUCGUGAUAUUCUUCCUUAUUGUGUUUUUCCUUGUACAUAAUGUCGUACACAUACUCAAAAGUCUAUCGCUUAGACGUAAUGAAAGCCCAACUUACAAAUUCUAUUCAAAGAUGCUUGCCUGGGUAUGGCUCUUAUUCUUGCUGGUCUCCACAAUAACGCCAGUGACCCUGUGGCUCAGUAGCAGUCGAAUACGUUGGUUCCUGCGCAGGUUCUGCAUGGGGUGUUUCUGCCAGCAGGAUGAGCUGACAUCAACUUAUGAAACAAGGGAUUCAAAACUUAGCAAAUUCAUUGGACUACUUCUGUUAGCGCAAAGGAUUCGCUCAGAGCAAAACAAUAAUAAUCUACAAGUAAGAAACCCUGCAAUAAUUUACAACUCGGGGAUGGCAGUAUCGAAACCUGAUGGUGAAGCUGAUCUGAGCUGAGGCGGAACCAGAUACCCAGAAUCAGAAAAUUUCAACACUUCCGAAAGUUCUACGAAAAUUUUCUCGCUGGAGAAUCAAUUAUUUGCAAUAUUUUCUGAAAUAAGGCAUUCGAGUGAUAACCAUCGUGAUUAACGUUCUUAGAAAUGCCCCUUCUGGCGUUUAACGAUUUCCCAAACGUUUAGAAAAAACUAAAACCAAACGACUCGUUUCACUUUAGUUUCAAUCAAAGGACACAUUUCCACAUUAAGUGGUCAGGGGGCUAAAUACUUUUGGCAGUUGCUAGGAGGCUUAGUCCUCUUCCACCUUUAUCUUUGGUCGUAUAGCUGUUUUCCUCGGUUUUUUAUUCCAAGUUAAGACGAUGCUCUUUUUUAAAAGAGUUAAAAGAGUCCGAGGAAAUUUGAUUUUACUGCCCUGUGUAUAAGGCUUUUUGGCAUACCUUACUGAAGAAUGGAGAUGUUCCACCUACCAAAUUGCACUUUGCAAAUAACCAACGUUUCUCUUGACUAGCCCGUAGAGUUGUUAGUGUAAGUUGCUUAACCGACCCUCCCGAGUCAGUAAAUUUGAACCAAAUCUGUUGUCUUUUUCUCACUCAAUUUCAAAACACUUUUGUAAAGUCUCAGACAAUCUAAUACUCUGUCACUCGGAUAUUAACAAAACUUCUGUGUCAUUAACAAGACAAGAAACAAAAACAAUACAACAACACAAAAGUAUGACGAUUAAUUGUCAUCGAACGUUUGAUUUGAAACAAGGUAAACAUUUAGAAAAUCAGUUUCCUCGCUAAUGUACUUUUUGUUGUUGUAGUAAACAGCUUUUUCAACGAGACUCCAAAUUGCUCAAAUUACCUGACUCGUUACGGUUCCUAAUUAACUGGUUGUUUAUCAAAAAGGAUUUAACACGGCUUUGUGUGUCUUGAAUCUUUCUUUUCUAAAAACAAACAUAUGCAUGGUUCUCAUCUCAUUUUCAAAAUACACAAAUAUAUGUACGUUUUUCACUCUAUGCCAGAAAGAAAUGUCUAAGUACACAAAUCUCCCUCAAAAUCAAUCUAUCAAAAGUACCAGACGUGCUAGAGCAGACGUGCCAUUUUCAGUAAUAGAAAUCCAGCACUUUCUUUUUGUGAGUUGAUCGAUGUAUCUUUUAUAGUUUUUGCAAGCAAAUGUAUAGAAAUUUGAGCGGUUUCGUAUUUGGUUAUGGAUUAGCAAGUAAUGACAAGUAUGAAUUAGUAAUUUGGUCGUGUCUCUAUGACUCUUAAUCUGAGGAUUAGAUAGAAAAUUGGACAUACAGCAUGGCAAAACGCAAUUAAUAUUAACAUCUUAAAUGUAAAGAGAUCAGAUGUGUUUAAACACACACUUCAACAUCCUUAUUGUUUGUAAGGAAAUUAUUCAGUAACCACGCCGAUAACUAUAUUUGCGAAAUCGUAUAUUAAAGCCACGAGGUUUUGAAUUUUGAUCACAUAACACGGAAAAGCAUGUUUUGAUUUUUCUUUGGUUGAUAGUUUGCCAGUUUUCAAAAUAAAUAGCUUUGUAUGGAAGCUUCAUGCAGUUAAACAUCAUUCUUUCUACUAUAGGGAGCCAGCUUAAUUUUAGGACGUGGAGACAUAUGUUGAUUUGUGCCUUUGCCAAGGGCGUGAUCGCUAAAUUCAAUCUUUGAUAAUAUCAAAUAGUCUACAGGUUGCUUUCUUACCAAAUGCUUUCCGAAGCAUUCUGAUAUGAUUUCUUGUAAGUGGUUUGACCAGUCUAAGUUUGUAUCUAAGUAGAUGCCAAGUAGACCUGCGUUACUUUCUAAGUCAAUCUAAGUCAAGAAGUUUUCCACCAAGUGACAAUAAAAGCUGGUAUGUUGCUCAGAUGAUGUCGAUUAUACAGUUGUUUAGAAGAACAGAUGAAAUACUUGUAGCGUCAUCUGCAUAUUAGAUGAAUUUAGAUGGUAGGCAUUCUUUAAGAUCAUUAUCAUAGAGGUUGAACAACAGUGGGCCUAAAAUGGAACCCCGUGGAACAACAAAAUAUGUUGUCAAAAUAUGGAAGUAGAUUUCCUUGAGUUAAGUUGCACCUACUGUUUGCGGCCACUGAAAUAUCAUAGUGUCCAGUGUAGAAAUUCUCUUGAGAAACUGUAUUUGUGCAGCGUUUAGAUGAGGGCAUCAUGCAAGAUAGGAUCGAAUGCUUUGGAGAAGUCAACUAGUACGGUUAUCGAUAGUUAACUUGCAAUCGUUACCUUUUUAAUAUCAUCUCACAGCUUCUGCAAAGUCGUACCAGUCGAGAAACCCUUCCUAAAAACUGUGACUGUAUCUUUGUACAAUUUUUGUUGGUUUAUGAAUUCGAUGAGCUGUUUGCAAACAGUUCUGAUGAAAUAAAUUAGAAUCAUUUCGAGGUUCUGGUAAACUGUUUAUGAACUGGGUAGUUUCAGUAAUUGGAAUUGCCUUCUUUUUAAGUGUGAUGACACUGGCAAUAGUUGCAAAAUAUUUGUUAAGCUCAGCAGGAUUUAAAUCAACGCAUUUUGCUGGUGGAUGCAAAACGCCAUGGAUUAUUUUCCAUAACUCUUUCGGGUUUUUUUUAAAAGAGUCGUGCAAACUUUUUGAUUGCACGUUUGGUUUCUUUAGACUUGUCCCAUAAAGAUGAAAAUUGUGACUAAUGGGCUUCAAAGCGGCUUAUGUUUUGCGAAUUUUCUAAUUUUUAAUCGCAGGAUCCUUCAUCCAAGAUGCAUUUGGGCUUGUAACCUUUAUUCUCCUGAUUGGGACAUGGUAAUUUUGUAAAAAAAAUUGGUAAUUUUGACAGUUUGUAUUUGAUGUCCCCCGUUAUCAGUAUGGCAUCGUCCCAGGUAGUUUUUAUAUAUCAAAUCGUGUCCUCAAAUUUUUCAAGCCAGUCAUUGAAUGGGAGCAGCUUUCUAAACGAUAAAUGAUACCUGCCGCACCUAGGUCGUUUGGUUGUCAUUUGGGCGCUGUCUGCAACUAAGCUAAGCAAAGGAUCCCAACUUGUGUAGACACAAAGAGUUCGUUUUCUCUCGUGGACAUCUAGUUGAGAGGUAAGCUGCUGCUUAUUGGUCAGAAAUAAAGGCCAGUUUCCACUUGAUUCGCACUGGUCGCGUGACGGAGCGAACGCACUUCUGAGCAUGCGCAAGACUCAACUUUCUCUUUCGCGAUGAAUGCCCGACCAUUGGCCGAGUAGUUCAACUUAAUUGAACUACUGAGUGACUGGUCACGUUCGCCGAUUAGCUGAAUUGUCGAUUCUGGCUCUCAAACCGGCUCUUAAAAAAACAAUCCACCGCACCGUUCGUCCUCUUAUGUUACAUUCGAUCCGCAUCAGAACAUUAUCCGGCAUUUAAAAUCUGAGGUUGUCGGACGAAAAUUACUUCAGUAUUUGUUCGCUUUUCCGUGCUAUCUUCAAAUUAUUUCUCUGUAUAAUUUCAUACCUCCAAAAAAUGAUCGUGGAAAGUUUCCUACCCCUGUUAAAGGUCUUUUACCAUGAAGAACUGUUUUUAAAAAUAACUGUUCUUUAAGGGACACUGCCUUUAAGAGAUUCAUUCUUUAAACGUGUCCUAAAAUAAGAUUUACAUGUCCCUCUAUUUUAAGCCCCCCCCCCUCAUCAAGC